UGUGGCGCAUUUUCGGACAUCCUCUUACCGGAAAUUCGAUCCCCUAUUCCGACGGGACGCUCGCCGUUGUAAUCAAAUUUGUAAUCAUCAUCCUCAAAAAUCCAAAUCCGCCAACUUCACUCCCAUAUUUAUAUUUAUACUUCGAGUGGAAGUAAAUAAUAAUAAAAUAGACUCCUAAAUUCUGCAAUAUCUCCUUGAAUUUUCCACCUUCCAUUCCACUCCCCAAUUGCUUCGAGUGUAGAGAAAGUGCCCAUUUCCCCAUACCCAUAAGCAUAUCCCACUCAGUGGAGAAGAUCUCAGAUCUGGAACUCUGCAAUUGAAGAAGCCCCAUGAGAUCCUCCGUGAAUGGCGAUUCGUUUACAACUCCUCCGAUAUUCAAGAUCGCCGCCUUCGUUGUCGUUUCCGUUACCUUCUUUUACUUCGGGAAGCAUUGGUCCGACGGGUACCAGCAGCUCAUCUUCUUCUCCAGCACUGCACAAGCUCCUUCCGUUGCCAUUUCCCCCAACUUCAAUAAGCACUUCAAUGUUUCUAAUCUCAUUGAUCUCAACGAAACGCAGUCUGUUCCUGAUAAGACACUGAACCCGGACCCCACUGCACCGCCGUUGCUCGCUACGAGUCCUCCUCCUCCUCCUACGCCGUCUGAUUCGGUGCAGAGAUUUGGAAUCGUGGAUGAGAAUGGGACAAUGUCGGAUCAGUUUGAGGUUGGGGAUUUCGAUCCCGAGUUUGUGGAUAACUGGGGGAAUGCCACUGAGCUUGACAAUGGGGAGGGUGGUUCUCAGAAAUUCCGGAUUAAGAAGUUUGGGCUAUGCCCUCAGAACAUGAGCGAGUUUAUACCUUGUCUGGAUAAUGCGGAGGCAAUUGCAAAGCUGACGUCGACGGAUAGAGGGGAGAAGUACGAGCGGCAUUGCCCAAAGGCUGGUGGAGAUUUCGAUUGCUUGAUUCCGCCGCCCAAGGGGUAUCGAACACCAAUCCCUUGGCCAAGAAGCAGGGACGAGGUCUGGUUCAGCAAUGUUCCUCAUACUCGUCUAGUUGAGGAUAAAGGGGGCCAAAACUGGAUUACCAGAGACAAGGAUAAGUUCAGGUUUCCUGGAGGUGGUACACAGUUCAUACAUGGUGCAGAUGAAUAUUUGGAUCAUAUCUCAAAGAUGAUACCUGAUAUUGCAUUUGGUCAUCAUACCCGUGUUGUCUUGGAUAUUGGAUGUGGCGUUGCGAGUUUUGGCGCCUAUUUGCUGUCACGGGAUGUUGUUACCAUGUCCGUUGCUCCAAAAGAUGUUCAUGAGAAUCAGAUUCAGUUUGCUCUUGAACGUGGUGUGCCUGCAAUGGUUGCUGCAUUUGCAACUCAUCGUUUAUUAUAUCCUAGUCAAGCUUUUGAUUUGAUACAUUGUUCACGUUGCAGAAUCAACUGGACUCGUGAUGAUGGCAUUUUGCUGCUUGAGCUCAACCGGAUGCUCAGGGCUGGAGGAUACUUUGCCUGGGCGGCGCAACCUGUUUAUAAGCAUGAAGAACUUUUGGAGGAACAGUGGGAAGAGAUGCUCAAUUUGACCACCCGACUUUGUUGGGAUUUCGUGAAAAAGGAUGGUUAUAUUGCAAUUUGGCAGAAGCCAUUAAAUAACAGUUGUUAUCUAAAUCGUGAGGUGGGAACCAAACCUCUACUUUGUGAUCAAAACGACGACCCAGAUAGAGUAUGGAAUGUCGAUCUUAGGACAUGCAUCUCUCGUCUUCCAGAAGUUGGUUAUGGGGCAAAUAUCACCGCUUGGCCUGCGCGGUUGCAUACACCACCUGAUAGGCUUCAGACAAUUCAAUACGAUGCCUACAUUUCCAGAAAUGAACUCUUCAAGGCGGAAUCUAAAUACUGGAAUGAGAUUAUAGACAGUUACGUUCGUGCAUUUCAUUGGAAGACCUUUAAAUUAAGAAACGUAAUGGAUAUGAAAGCUGGAUUUGGAGGAUUCGCAGCAGCAUUGAUCGAUCUCAAACUAGACUGCUGGGUGUUGAACGUUGUCCCUGUUAGUGGGCCCAACACCUUGCCUGUUAUUUAUGAUCGCGGACUUCUUGGAGUUAUGCACGAUUGGUGCGAACCAAUUGAUACAUAUCCAAGAACCUACGACCUAUUGCACGCAGCUGGUUUAUUCUCAAUCGAAAGAAAACGGUGCAAUAUGUCGUCUAUAAUGCUCGAGAUGGAUAGAAUACUGAGACCGGGUGGACGGGUGUACAUUCGAGACUCCGUUGCAGUCAUAAACGAGCUUCAAGACAUCGGAAAUGCCAUGGGUUGGCACGUGAAUGUUCGCGAUACGUCAGAAGGUCCUCAUGCAAGUUAUAAGAUCUUGAUGGCAGAUAAGCUUCUCCUAAAUGCAUAAAAAAGAAAUGAAAACGAAAACCUUUUAGUCCCUGUGUCUCUACUAACCCCCUUAUCAAGGCCAGAUUAACGAAGCAAAGAAAUGCCAAACACUGUCUUAAGAAGCAAUAAAAGAUGUCUACCGAGAGACGAUCAUCGAGAGAGUGAAGACUUCGGGAUGCCCUUGGUUUACCAAUCCCAACUUGUAAUCAAUCACAUAGGUACUCUCUAUUAUACCUCAAUUAAAGCUGACAGUUACAAUAGCUGAUAUAGUUCAUUUCAUUCUAUUCUGUUAAAUUAUUGAAUUAAGGUGGCCUCAAAAUAAAGAGCCAAAUUUGUUGUAUUGAUUUUUGUCACUCAAUGGUAAACCUCAAUUCACUGUUUGUAAUUUUGCUAAUUAGCGGGUCGUGCCCGAUCUAUGUG